GUGGUCACAGCGCUUCCGACGUCACCUGUGUGUAUGUAAGAUGGCGGCUGCAGGAGCUCCUCAGGCUCAGGGCAGUGGCUCUGGCGACGACUCGGCUUUCCAGACCUUUUAUACGGAGGUGAAGCAGAUAGAAAAGAGAGACUCUGUAUUGACAUCCAAACAGCAGAUAGACAGGUUGCUGCGGCCUGGCGCGUCAUAUUUUAAUCUAAACCCGUUUGAGGUUCUUCAGAUUGAUCCAGAAGCAACAGAUGAAGAAUUAAAGAAAAGGUUUCGACAGUUGUCCAUUUUGGUCCAUCCAGACAAGAAUCAGGAUGAUCCAGAUAGAGCACAGCAGGCUUUCGAAGCGGUUGAUAAGGCGUAUAAACUUCUGUUGGAUGGCGAUCAGAAGAAGAGGGCUGUUGACGUGAUCCAUGCAGGAAAAGAAUAUGUGGAACAUAUGAUGAGUCAGAAGAAGAAGCAGUUGAAGAAGGAUGGGAAGUCCACAGAUAUAGAGGAGGAUGAUCCGGAAAUGUUCAGGCAAGCUGUUUACAAACAGACCAUGAAGCUUUUCGCUGAGCUGGAGAUCAAGAGGAAGGAACGAGAAGCCAAGGAGAUGCACGAGAGGAAAAGACAAAGAGAAGAGGAGAUUGAAACACAAGAACGAGCCAAACGAGAGAGAGAGUGGCAGAAAAACUUUGAGGAAACGAGGGACGGCCGGGUGGACAGCUGGAGAACCUUCCAGGCCAAAGGCAAGACUAAGAAGGAGAAGAAGAACCGAACGUUCCUCAAGCCCCCGAAGGUCAAAAUGGAGCAAAGAGAGUAAAAUUAGUGUGUAGAAAGUUUAGAGAUUAAUACUGCCCUCCCUGCACAUCCCUCUCUUUUUCCUUUCCAGCAAUUCGUUCAUUCAGGCCUAUUUGUUUGCUGUUUAAAGAAUGAAUCAGCAAAAUAAUAAAUCCACAGAUUUACAAAAGUUUCCUCUUACCUGUACUGUAGUCAGAUGAACUGGAGCAAGAGAAAAAAGGAGGACGGCUGCCCGAGAAUCUGAUAUUUUGUGGAACCGUUAGUUUAAUCAUAGAGAGCCUGUGGUUCAGGAGCAUGAUGCCCAGCAGGUGGCACUAUGGUGCAGUAUUCUCCUUCCCUCCCUCUGCUUUUUUCAUUGUCCACAUUAGAGAGGUCUUGCAAUUGAGCUGGAGCAUUGUUUAAUAUUGUCCGUCUCAGUAAAUUAACCCAACAUUGCAACCAUCACCUCAACAGUCAGGCCUGUAGUGUGUCUAGGGUUUCGUUUCAUUUUUUUUUUUUCUUUUUUUUUUUUAAAUAAAUGUACAUAUCUGUGAAAUUUGUGACUCUUGAGAGACUUGGACAUGAUAUACAUAUGUUGUGCACAUAAGAAACUAGUUAUUUUUUUCUGCUGGUUAAAGUCUGCGAGGUUUUUUCGUCCGUUUUCUUUUUGUACCCUAUUCACCCCAAAAUAAAACUGGUUUGUAGUUUA